AUGAAAGUUGAAAGAUCAAUUUUAGCUGGAACUAAAUCACCAUUAAUGCAAUAUGCCAUGCAAUUUAGUACUGUGCCACUUAAGCAAAUUUCAAUGCAUGAUCCACCAAAAAAUCCACCAGAUCUUGGAACUAGACGUCCAUCAAUAUUGGCAAUGCAUGAAUUAAGAUCUAGCGUUGCAUGCGAAUCUGUUUUGCCAUCAUUUCGCUUACAAACAGCUGUCAAUGUAGUUCCAUUGAGACAAAUAUCUCGGCAUGUAGCAUGA